AUGGCCAGUCGGGACCAGUGUAAGGUGUUCUGGAAGAACUGUGUGGAACACCACUCAUUCUUCCGCCUCUUGGAUCAGCCGCAGCCCAAGUCCAAAGCCAUUUUCUUUAGCAGGGGAUCCUCGUUCAGAUACAGGUAUCUCUGCUUUCUGCUGAAUCAUACGGCGGUAGAUUUUGUUAUGAUAAAUUGGACAUCAUGUUGAGGCAAAUUUUCACUGAUGUUUAGUGUACCAUGUAGUAUACAGUGAGGGGAAAUAAGUAUUUGACCCCAUCUCAAUCAGAAAGAUUUCUGGCUCCCAGGUGUCUUUUAUACAUCCGUGUGUAGCUCAGCUGGUAGAGCACGGCGCUUGUAACGCCAAGGUAGUGGGUUCGAUCCCCGGGACCACCCAUACACAAAAAUGUAUGCACGCAUGACUAAGUCGCUUUGGAUAAAAGCGUCUGCUAAAUGGCUUAUUAUUAUUAUACAGGUAACGAGCUGAGAUUAGGAUCACACUCUUAAAGGCAGUGCUCCUAAUCUCAGCUUGUUACCUGUAUAAAAGACACCUGUCCACAGAAGCAAUCAAUCAAUCAGAUUACAAACUCUCCACCAUGGCCAAGACCAAAGAGCUCUCCAGGGAUGUCAGGGACAAGAUUGUAGACCUACACAAGGCUGGAAUGGGCUACAAGACCAUCGCCAAGCAGCUUGGUGAGAAGGUGACAACAGUUGGUGCGAUUAUUCGCAAAUGGAAGAAACACAAAAUAACUGUCAAUCUCCCUCUGCCUGGGGCUCCAUGCAAGAUCUCACCUCGUGGAGUUGCAAUGAUCAUUAGAACGGUGAGGAAUCAGUCCAGAACUUCACGGGAGGAUCUUGUCAAUGAUCUCAAGGCAGCUGGGACCAUAGUCACCAAGAAAACAAUUUGUAAAACACUACGCCGUGAAGGACUGAAAUCCUGCAGCUCCCGCAAGGUCCCCCUGCUCAAGAAAGCACAUAUACAGGCCUGUCUGAAGUUUGCCAAUGAACAUCUGAAUGAUUCAGAGGAGAACUGGGUGAAAGUGUUGUGGUCAGAUGAGACCAAAAUCGAGCUCUUUGCUAUCAACUCAACUCGCCGUGUUUGGAGGAGGAGGAAUGCUGCCUAUGACCCCAAGAACACCAUCCCCACCGUCAAACAUGGAGGUGGAAACAUUAUGCUUUUGGGGUGUUUUUCUGCUAAGGGGACAGGACAACUUCACCGCAUCAAAGGGACGAUGGACGGUGCCAUGUACCGUCAAAUCUUGGGUGAGAACCUCCUUCCCUCAGCCAGGGCAUUGAAAAUGGGUCGUGGAUGGGUAUUCCAGCAUGACAAUGACCCAAAACACACGGCCAAGGCAACAAAGGAGUGGCUCAAGAAGAAGCACAUUAAGGUCCUGGAGUGGCCUUGCCAGUCUCCAGACCUUAAUCCCAUAGAAAAUCUGUGGAGGGAGCUGAUGGUUCGAGUUGCCAAACGUCAGGCUCGAAACCAUAAUGACUUGGAGAAGAUCUGCAAAGAGGAGUGGGACAAAAUCCCUCCUGAGAUGUGUGCAAACCUGGUGGCCAACUACAAGAAACGUCUGACCUCUCUGAUUGCCAACAAGGGUUUUGCCACCAAGUGCUAAGUCAUGUUUUGCAGAGGGGUCAAAUACUUAUUUCCCUCAUUAAAAUGCAAAUCAAUUUAUAAAAUUUUUGACAUGUGUUUUUCUGGAUUUUUGUUGUUGUUAUUCUGUCACUCACUGUUCAAAUAAACCUACCAUAAAAAUUAUAGACUGCAAACUUACAAAAUCAGCAGGGGAUCAAAUACUUUUUCCCCUCACUGUACAGCUUGAACCCAUAUUAGACUCUAUGGCUUGGUGUUCAAGGACUUGUGCUGUUGUUGUUUGAUGGCUUCUGUGUUGUGACUCUGUCUGGUUUAGUGGGAGGACCCAGAAGCAACUAGUGGAGUAUGUCAAAGACAGCGGAGCAAGGAGGACACCAUAUCAGAGGUGUGUGUGCCUUCUCUCUGUCUCGCUCUCUCUCUCUCUCUGUCUCGCUCUCUCUCUCUCUCUGUCUCGCUCUCUCUCUCUCUCUCUCUCUCUCUCUCUCUGUCUCGCUCUCUCUCUCUCUGUCUCGCUCUCUCUCUGUCUCGCGCUCUCUCUCUCUCUGUCUCUCUCUCUCUCUGUCUCUCUCUCUCUCUGUCUCUCUCUCUCUCUGUCUCUCUCUCUCUCUCUCUCUCUCUCUCUCUCUUUCUCUCUCUCUGUCUCGCUCUCUCUCUGUCGCGCUCUCGCUCUCUUUCUCUCUCUCUCUCUCACUAAGAGUCAGUUACAACAACUUCCUCCAUGUGUCCUUGACCUCUGUUUAACUCUCAUGUGGUCUCCUGUCUCUCUAUCUGUCAGGAGGAACAGUAAGGUGAGGAUGUCAGCUCGAUCCCUUGCCCACGAUGUGCCAAAACAGGUCAGUGGUAUUCCAAGACUAAUGCGUCUCUGACAGGGUUAGGGUUAAUGCAUCUUUCUGACAGGGUUAGGGUUAAUGCAUCUUUCUAUAAUAUCACUUGAUGAAGGAGGUGCAGAGUCAUUGGAAACUAAUGGAACUCUCUCUCUGUCUCUCUCUCUCUCUCUCUGUCGCUGUCUCUCUCUAUCUCUCUCUGUCUCUCUCUGUCAUGUCUUUUCAGACAUUGUCAUUCAAUGACAGCCUGCGGGCGCCAGGUUCCCCGUCCUCUGCGACCGAGUCCUUCCACUCCAUGCAAGUCUUCAGCUCCCACCCAUGUCCGGAGCCCCAAACUCAGUCUCCACAGCUUCCUCCCCAGAGCCAGGCCCAGUCUCCACAGCCUCCUCCCCAGCAGCAACAGACCCAGCUCCUGCCGCCACAGCUGGCCAGACCCUCCAGCCCCCCAGCGAAGGAGGACCCCCACAAGGCCACCGGCGUCCCCCCAUGUCACCACGCCUUCUCACAAGGUGCCCCAAGUUACCAGGCGGCAGGAGACUGCAGCCCCUCGUUUGUGUGUGUAGAGAGUAGAGCUUCCCAUCCACAACAGCAGCCCUCCCAAAAUGGCAAUGAGGAUACUGAGCGGGGUGGAGGGUGGGGGACGAGGUGCACGGGGAGAGGAGGAGGGGGCGGGGAGAUGAGAGUGUUUGAGGCGGAGCUUCUCCGAGCCAGGCAGAAGCCCCUGUUACCAUUGGCUAACACCCAGCUCCAUGUCACAGAGGAGUUCAUAGAUGAUGACCCCACUGAGAUGUCAUUCUACGGUGGCGGGGCUGAGGCCUAUUACGGCUAUGAGGAGAAGUGGGGUCAGUAUGGUGGUUAUGGGGAGGGUGGUGGUGGAGAGGGUGGUUAUGGGGAGGGUGGUGGUGUGGACCUCACUAAAACCAGGGUGUUCGGUCUGGGUCUGGAGGACCUGAACAGGAAUACUCACCCCUUCUCUGACCACAGCAUUGUUGGUCACUCUGAGACCAGCUCUCUGGUCAACAACAGGUCAGAGUGUAGUUCCCUUGACCACCUGGGGCUUAGUUCCGCAGGUGACUCCAGGUCUCUGGGCUUCGGCGGCCCAGACUCCUCCUCCUCCCUCCGCCUCCCGGGCUCCGAGACGAGCUCCAUGGUUAACUUCCCGGCGUACUCGGUCCGCUCCGAGACGAGCUCGGCGGUGCAGUUCAGUGACCUAGUUGAGCAACUAGAGCAUCUGAGCUAUCCUCCUACGGCCACGGAGGGGUCGGCUAACGGCAGCGACGAUUCUGACUCCGACUGGGGUUCGGACAGCGGCCUGCCCCCUGAGCAGAACCUGUUCUAUAGCAACCCCCUAGCGGGAGGGCCAGGUGGGGUGGAGGGGUUCCUUCUGCAGUGUCAUGACCUGCAGGCCCUAGCCCUGGGGGAAUCCUCUGGUGGACCCCCCCACAUUAACAUGUGA